CAGUGUGUAUGCCUGUGUGUGUGUGUCUUUACUUCUGGGAAAAAUUGAAGUGGCGGCCAUAUGCUUGGGAUUAAUUUUCCAUAUCUCAGUCAUUUUUAGAGAGGCUGGAAACACACCUCAAUGGGAAGUUCUCACUUGCUAAACAAGGGGUUGCCUCUAGGUAAUGCUCUGUGCAUUAAAAGUCAUUUCAUGUGUUAUUUGCCUGUUACUUGUGGAUAGAUUGUUGUUGUGUGACUGCAUGUCCCAUCCCCCUCCUCCCUCUAUCCCUGGCUUCAUUCCUCUCCGGCUUUUGUGUGUCUGUGACUCAAUGGGAGACUGAGUGCAUUUCCCCCCUUUGCAGAAUAAAAGGAUUAUUUCUAUCCCAGCCAUGCUGAUGGAGCGUUAUGUGGUGCACUGACCAGCGGGCCCCAUCCUGUGGCUGCAGCAGCUCUAAAAAGAUUCAUUUUUCUAUUAUUUAUUUUAUUUUUUAAUUUAUUUUGCAACCUGAUUAUUGUUACCGAAAUGUAGAUUUUUAUCUGUCGGCGUCGGAUUCGGUUACGACCCCCAUGCAUAUCAGGCUUUAGAAAGAAAAAAAACUAAAAAACUUGAGUCUGGACAUUCUGUGGAUGGCAGGAAUAAGGAUCUGUAAUGGAUUUCUGACUCAUCUGUACAUCAGAUAGUUUCACUUGUCCUGCGGUGAUUUACCAAGGAGUCCUGGUCUGCCCAGGGAUCUAGGAGCGUAUUUCCGGUCCAAAGGAGGGAUAUUUGUCACUACUCAGACAAGGAGAAAAUAAAAUUUUGGGUGUUUUUUUUUUUUUUUUUUUUUAAUUUUUUGGCUUAAAGUUCGUUGGAAAAGGAAUUGCAUCUAGAGGUUAUUUGGUGCUUAGGAUGCACGCCUGGAACUUUUUCCCCUUGGCGACGGAAAAAUGCAUUCGACCACCAAUAAUGAACGGGCCCAUGCACCCGCGCCCUCUCGUGGCCCUGCUGGAUGGCAGGGAUUGUACAGUUGAAAUGCCAAUCCUCAAAGACGUAGCCACAGUGGCGUUCUGCGACGCACAGUCCACACAGGAAAUCCACGAGAAGGUACUAAAUGAAGCGGUGGGCGCCUUGAUGUAUCACACGAUCACUUUAACGCGAGAGGACUUGGAGAAGUUCAAGGCACUUCGAAUAAUUGUCCGAAUCGGGAGUGGGUUCGAUAACAUUGACGUCAAGUCAGCUGGAGAUCUAGGUAUAGCAGUGUGCAACGUGCCAGCAGCGUCGGUAGAAGAGACAGCGGAUUCUACAAUGUGCCACAUUCUGAACUUGUACAGGCGAACAACGUGGCUACACCAGGCGUUACGAGAAGGCACAAGAGUCCAGAGCGUGGAGCAGAUUAGAGAAGUUGCAUCCGGAGCUGCUCGGAUUAGGGGGGAAACCUUAGGCAUUAUAGGACUGGGACGGGUCGGUCAAGCGGUUGCUCUAAGGGCGAAGACUUUUGGGUUCAAUGUCAUUUUCUACGACCCUUAUCUGUCAGAUGGGAUCGAGCGAGCCCUGGGUCUGCAGAGGGUCAGCACUCUACAGGAUCUUCUAUUUCAUAGUGACUGUGUAACUCUACACUGCAGCUUAAAUGAACACAACCAUCAUCUUAUCAAUGACUUCACCAUCAAACAGAUGAGGCAAGGAGCGUUCCUGGUAAAUACAGCCCGAGGCGGCCUGGUGGACGAAAAGGCGCUAGCACAAGCCCUGAAGGAGGGAAGGAUACGAGGAGCCGCACUAGAUGUCCACGAAUCUGAACCGUUCAGCUUUUCGCAAGGUGCACUGAAAGAUGCCCCAAACCUCAUCUGCACGCCACACGCAGCUUGGUACAGCGAACAGGCUUCCAUAGAGAUGAGGGAAGAGGCAGCCCGGGAGAUCCGCCGAGCCAUUACAGGUCGUAUCCCUGACAGCCUAAAAAACUGUGUUAACAAAGAUCACUUAACGGCAGCGACACAUUGGGCCAGUAUGGAUCCUGGGGUGGUUCAUCAAGAACUAAACGGAGCGGCGUACAGGUAUCCUCCAGGAGUAGUAAGUGUGGCCCCAGCCGGCAUCCCAACCGCAGUGGAAGGAAUCGUCCCCAACGCCAUGCCUUUAUCACACGCCCAUCCUGCCGUGGCCCAUCCGCCUCACGCCCCAUCUCCUGUCCAAACCGUCAAACCAGAAGCUGACAGAGACCAUCCAAGUGACCAAUUGUAGCCAAUGACAAUAGCAGAUGACCAUUCCCAAGCAUAGGAGAUCCGGAAGUCAAGUGAAGACCAUAGAAGAAGCAGCAGAGGCGGCGUUAAAAAAAAAAAAAAAAAGAGAGAAUAAAUAAAAUAAUUCUGGAUUUUGGAUAGAAGCAAAAAUAAUGAACUUUCAAUGCAGAUCUACGUUGUUUUUGGAGAUCGGUCCAAAUAUACAGAAUACGAGAAGAAGAAAGGAAUUGGAAUUUUUUUUUCCUACCCUACCCCCUUCCCAUUAAAAAAAAAAAUUGUAGUUUGUCCCUGUCGAGUGGACUGACCUCAUUGUCCUGUGGCCCUAAGUUAAGCGAGAGAAGCUAGUAGUUAUUAUCAUGAAUGUAUUUGUCUGUGUACAGUUUUUAGAACAUUACAAAAAAAAAGGGGGGGGGUUUAUUUGCAUAAUUGUCGACGGGGGAAAAACAUAAGGGAGGUGUUCAGCAAACCACUUUUGAAAUAUAGAAAAAGCUUAAAAAAAAUAAAAAAAUAAACAUUUCUUUUCUAUGUUAUGACAUGCCCAGUAACUAAGGCGGUUGGCAGACUUCUCAGGACAAUACAUUUUUUUUCCCAUGAUUCUUUUUGGAAAACCACACAGUGCAUUUUUAUUUCUUUUAACUACCUGCUUGUCUUACGUUAUAUAUAUUAUAUAUUUUUUUUUUUUUAUAAUUUAGAAGAAUAUUUGUUUUCUUAUUUCGGAUCCUCCCUCCUCUUCCUCCUCUUAUUUGGCAUGCAAAUCCCUCAUUUCAGAUAAAUACAUGACCAUGAAUUUUUUAUUUUAUUUUAUUUUGUUUGUGAAGAAAUUUAAGAUUUCGCAUCAACGAGCAACGAGCAUAGAGCUUCUUGUCACCAGUUUAAAAAAAAAAAUAAGAAAAAUAUAUAUAUUAUUGGUGGUAUGCGGGAAAUCUAUACUACUGAAAGGUAGUACAUUUCAUUGCCUACAUUGAUUCCUUCCUGGUAAUGUGGUAGGCUAGCAAUAUUUUUUUUUUUUUUUUUUUUGUUAAGAUCAUGUUUGUGCGUGUAACCAUUUGUAUGAAUUAUUUUAAAGGAAUAAAAAAAAAAAAACAGAC